AUGGCUGACAAAACAGCGGUGACACUUCUAAACCAGAAAGAAGAAAGUGAAGAUAAUGUUGAAUCAGAUGAAUGGAAGGCUCAGAAGUACAGAAACAAGGUUAUUGAAAGAAUCCAAGAAGAAAUGAGAAAAUCUGAGUCUCAGGUCCCAAAGUCAGCUGCAGAACUUGAGGAGUUUGUUUUCUCUAAAGCCACAUCAAGGAAAAGUUACCUAGAUCUGGUUGCAAGAAUUUUAAUCUACAUCACUGAAUUCAAUAAAAAGAAAGAAAAGAAAGAUGAGAUGGCUGGAGACCCCUGAUCUGUAUGCCUUUUGUUGGAAUCUAGUGACUUGGUUUUAUCACCAUUAUUUAGUUUAAGAUAGGGGUAGACAAUUGUGUGAUACAUUUAAAUGUUUAAGAUAGGGGUAGACAAUUGUGUGAUACAUUCAAAUGUUAAGAUAGGGGUAGACAUUUGUGUGAUACAUUCAAAUGUUAAGAUAGGGGUAGACAUUUUUGUGAUACAUUUAAAUGUUUAAGAUAGGGGUAGACAUUUGUGUGAUACAUUCAAAUGUUUAAGAUAGGGGUAGACAUUUGUGUGAUACAUUCAAAUGAAACGUGAUACUGAAUUAUUACUCCCAUGUAAAAUUUAAUUAUAAUUAUUUUUUUUGUAUUGAAUUAAUCUAAAUCCAGUUGCCAACAUGCUUAAUUUUUAUAUAAACUUUGUGAUUAUUAUUAAGAUUGAUUUUUGCACAAACACUGGUUUUAAAAGCUUAUUAAACUGACAUGGGGCAAUUAUGGAAUGCUACUAGUCAAGUUUGUAUAGAACAAUACAUGCUGAGGUGUGCAGUUAAUCCACAGAGGUGGGAAUGUCUUAAAAAUGUCAUUUGACAAGCUU